AUGAAGAUCUCAGUGCUGACGAAGAGCCAAAAAAGCACAGAUGCCGGGGAAGAGGAUGAGGAAGACGACGGCGACGAUAAAGAAACUGAAAAUGAGUCUGAUGACGAUGCGUCCGCGGCCGAUGAGGAUAAAAUUGAAAAUGGCGACAAAGCGCUAACGUGGAAAGAUCUUGGUCUCAAUGAAACACUGUGCAAGGCUUGUGAUGAGAUAAUGUGGAAGGCGCCUUCAAAAAUUCAAAAGGAAGCGAUACCAAUUGCCAUACAGGGCAAGGAUGUAAUUGGUUUGGUAGAAACAGGAUCGGGUAAAACCGGCGCCUUUGCGCUGCCUAUUUUGCAUGCAUUACUAGAGAAUCCGCAACGUUAUUUCGCACUGGUCUUAACGCCACCACGUGAACUCGCAUUCCAAAUUGGUGAACAAUUUGAGGCGUUGGUCUCCAACAAAUAUCAAACUGUCGAUCAGCUACAGCAAUAUUAUCUAUUUAUACCUGUAAAAUACAAAGACGUCUAUCUGGUGCAUAUCCUCAACGAGCUGGCUGGCAACAGUUUCAUGAUCUUCUGCAGCACUUGCAACAACACUGUGAAGACUGCCUUGAUGUUGCGAGCUCUGGGCUUAGCUGCGAUUCCGUUGCAUGGACAGAUGUCGCAGAACAAACGCUUGGCAGCGCUCAACAAAUUUAAGGCGAAAAAUCGUUCGAUUUUGAUAUCCACCGAUGUUGCCUCACGUGGUCUUGACAUUCCCCAUGUGGAUGUGGUGGUUAACUUUGAUAUACCCACGCACAGUAAGGAUUACAUACAUCGUGUGGAACGCACAGCGCGUGCCGGACGUUCCGGGCAAGCCAUCACUAUGGUCAGUCAGUAUGACAUUGAAUUGUAUCAGCGUAUCGAACAUUUGCUGGGCAAACAGUUGCCUCUGUACAAAUGCGAGGAGGAUGAGGUGAUGGCUCUGCAGGAGCGUGUGGCGGAAGCACAACGUAUUCGGAACAGUUUACGGGUGCGCGCAAGCGCAUGA